CGGGACCUUUCAACGGAAAAUGGGAGUUCCGGCGUUUUUUCGAUGGCUGUCGAAGAAAUACCCAUCGAUCGUCGUCCACUGUCACGAGCAGAAGCCGAGAGACGUGAACGGUGUGAAAGUGCCGGUCGACGCGAGCGAACCGAAUCCGAACAACGUCGAGUUCGACAAUUUGUAUCUUGACAUGAACGGCAUCAUUCAUCCUUGCUGUCAUCCGGAGGACAAGCCUGCACCGAAGAAUGAAGACGAGAUGAUGGUGGCCAUAUUCGAGUACAUCGACAGGUUAUUUGCUAUCGUUCGUCCACGUCGACUUCUCUACAUGGCAAUUGAUGGCGUUGCUCCUCGUGCCAAGAUGAAUCAGCAGAGAUCGCGACGGUUUCGUGCCUCUAAGGAACAUUUAGACAAGCAGGAGGCGAUUGCGAGGAUUAGAGCAGAUUUGAGAGAGAAAGGAGCCGAAUUGCCUCCAGAGAAGGACAAAGGCGAACAUUUUGAUCACAACUGUAUUACGCCGGGGACGAAGUUUAUGGCGAGAUUGGCAGAGUGUCUUCAAUACUAUGUUGCUGACAGGCUCAAUCAUGAUCCUGGAUGGAGGAAUAUUGAAGUCAUUCUCUCCGAUGCCAGUUGUCCAGGUGAAGGCGAACACAAAAUCAUGGAUUUCAUUCGCAAACAACGAGCCAGUCCCAGCCACGAUACAAACACCCAUCAUUGUCUCUGUGGAGCCGAUGCUGAUCUCAUCAUGUUGGGUUUGGCGACUCACGAACCGAACUUCACCAUCAUACGAGAAGAAUUCAAGCCGUCUGGAAAGCGACCGUGUGAAAUCUGUGGACAGAUAGGUCACGAUAUGCAGUUCUGUACUGGAAUUCCAAGAGACAAGACGGAGUUUGAAGAACCAAGCGAGCCUGUUCAAGAGAAAGACUUUAUUUUUCUACGUUUGCCUGUACUUCGUGAGUACUUGGAGAGAGAAUUACGUAUGGAUGGACUGCCGUUUCCUUUCGAUUUGGAGCGAGCUAUUGAUGAUUGGGUUUUCAUGUGCUUCUUUGUCGGGAAUGACUUUUUACCACAUUUACCGUCUCUUGAAAUAAGAGAAGGUGCCAUCGAUCGUUUGGUCGGUCUGUAUAAGAACUGUCUCCCUCGCAUCGGGGGUUUUCUUACCAAAGACGGAAGCGUCAAUCUGAAAUUGGUUCAAAUGAUAAUGAAAGACCUUGGUACAAUGGAAGACGACAUCUUCAAGAAACGUCAGCAAGACGAGUUGGAUUUUCGUCGCAGGAAGAAGGAGAGGAAACGAAGAGACCAGAUGAGACGAAGUUGGACUGGACCAAGGUGGAUACCUGAAGGUGCCAUGGCCCCACAGCCCAUUGGUUCGUCACCUUCUCCUGUUCACGAUGCAAGAAAGACUGCUGCAACGAUGCGACAGACGAGUGCACCCGCUCACUUGGGAGGAGGCAGUAACUAUUCGGCUGCGUCAGACCUCAGAGCUCUACUACGCAGUGACACAAAGCCAAGUACGAGCAGUAACAACUCGAGUCAGUCUAGCAUCGGAUCGAGUCAGCAACCAUCCGUGGUUGACAGUGACGACGAGCAACCAGAAGACAACGUCAGGUUGUAUGAGGACGGCUGGCGUUGUAGGUACUAUCAGAACAAGUUUGCUGUUGACCCUGAGAAGGAAGACGAGUUUACUACGUUCACAGACAAAGUGGUUGAGUCGUAUGUGAUGGGCUUGUGUUGGGUUUUGGCCUAUUACUAUCAGGGAUGUCCUUCGUGGAACUGGUUCUAUCCGUUUCAUUACGCUCCGUUUGCUUCGGACUUUCGUGACAUUGUGGACAUUGACACUACGUUGAAUAAAGGAACGCCGUUCAAGCCAUUAGAGCAACUGAUGGGCGUAUUUCCUGCUGCGAGCGGAUGCUUCCUUCCUAAUUCCUGGCGAGAUCUCAUGUCGAAUCCGGAGUCGCCGAUCAUUGAUUUCUAUCCAAUUGAUUUCAAUAUUGAUUUGAAUGGGAAGAAGUUUGCUUGGCAAGGUGUUGCAUUGCUUCCAUUUGUUGAUGAGUCAAGACUACACAGUGCACUUGAAGCAGUCUAUCCAUUCUUGACCAAUGAAGAAGUGUUUCGUAACAGUCGUGGGAGUGAUAUGUUGUUUGUUGGCAAGCAUCAUCCGGCCAGAGACUUUUUAGCUGCAUUGUAUGAGCAAGCGGAGUUGAUUUCUCUUGAUAUCGAUCCAAAAUUGGUGAACGGGAUGGCUGGAUCAGUGAGCUCGGAAGAGACUCAUAUCUGUCUUCCUAACAGGAUUGUUCCGUCUCCUUUGCCAGGACUUCCUGAAUUGAAACGGAAUGGUGCUGUUUGCACACUCUUCAAAGAUCCCAGUUUCCCUGACGACUUCAUCUAUUCAGCCAAGUGUUUACCUGGUGCAAAACAUCCUCCUAAGACGUUGAAGCCCCAUGACUUUGCCAAUACACAUGCUGGUUCUUAUCGUCCUACAAUAGGAUUUCAUCCUCGGAAUCAACCUCGUUCGAAUUAUCCUCCUAGGGAGUUUACAUCUGGCCACAGGAUGGCACAGCACCAUGUCAAAACCGCUGGUAGCUACAACGAUCGUCUACAUCGUGCUCCAUCCACGGGUUAUGGCUACGGUUCAGUUCCUUAUUCAUAUCGACCACCCUUGCUGCCCGGUGUCUCCACACCACACAUCCCAUUCAACCAAGGUUUACAAUGGAACGUCCCGAACUCUUAUUCCGGUUCGCAACGAUGGCAGCCGACGCCACACCGGUUUGCAUCACAAAGUCAACAUGAACAUGGACGAGGACCCGGCGGAUGGGAUGGAAAACGAGAGAAUCGAUCUCAUUAUGACUAUCCUCCGUCGAAGAGACCUAGACAGUACUGAAGAUUGGAUGCCAAUUGUACACUUAUAGACGAUAUUGUCGAUGCUGUGAGAAACGUGAAGGGUGAAUUUGUAUGCUCUUUUGUAGGGACAAAUUAUCUAGUGUCAUCUGUAUACACUGUGAUGUGAUAGUCAUACUGCAUUAUUCUAAUACACGUGAAUGGUCGGUAAU